AUGGGCUCUGACUCGCCCACAACGAGCGAGCUACCACGGCAUUUUGAGGAACUUGUAUUGUCAUCGGACAAAACAACAGAGGGGUCCGAACUGGUGUAUCCUCCGUCACCGGAGACUAAGAGCUGUAGGACCCUUAACCUACCCUGCUUCCUUCUGAGCACACAUUCGGCAAAUGAGGACUUCUAUGGGCGCGAAGAUAUCUUAGAGCGUCUUGCGGCGGAGCUGCUGCCUUCGAAAAACACAUCCGGUUCUGGUCUACGGCAAUUUGCCCUCUGUGGGCUCGGGGGAAUUGGAAAGACGGAAAUAGCUCGCGAGUUCUCUCGACGCUACAAGGACUCCUAUGAUGCAGUAUUUUGGGUAGUGGCAGAUGGAAUUGCGAAGCUUGACCAUCACUACCAGCAAAUUUCGCUGGCACUAACACUCGAAGAUCAAUCCGAGUGCAAGAGCCAGGUUAUCAGCAGGGAACUUGUGAAAAGAUGGCUCUCCAACCCUCAAACGCAUCUAUCAGGGACGGGUGAGCUUGUCAAUCCUGGCCAAACCAGUUCAGAAGCAACCUGGCUGCUUAUUCUGGACAACGCGGAUGACCCGAUGAUUCUGGCAAACUACUGGCCUCAAGGAAGUGGAUCUGUUCUUGUCACUAGCCGCGACCCGUUGGCUAAAAGCAUGUUUACGAGUAGAACUUCAGGCCUGGAUCUGGGUCCGCUUUCACAGGAAGACAGCCUGUCCCUCUUCAAGUAUCUCACUGUGAAUGAGCCAGAAGACGAUACAGCACGACAGAUCUCCAAUGUGCUUGGGGGCUUUCCGCUUGCCAUCUCCCAAAUGGCGGCUAUCCUUCGUCGGCGGGACCUUACUUUGUCACAGUUUCUGUAUCUAGAUCAUCCAGAGUUUCUAUAUCAAGAUUACGAAGAGCAUGCCAGCCUUUACGGGACAAAGUUUGAUACCAACUUGUUAUCAUAUUCUCACUCCCUUUCCACUGUCUGGGCAGUUGAAAACCUGAGACCUAAGACUCGGCGACUUUUGGAGCUGAUCUCAUUCCUUGACCCAGACGCCAUCGGGGAUGAUUUCUUAAUGGAAGCAUCAGUGAAAUUUCUCGCCGACGGCGAAUUUAAGAGGCUCUAUUACGGCGGUGCUCGAGGUGAUCUCUUGCGGUUAUCUCUCAUUCAAAAGGACAAGCGAAAUCGGCAGAUAUCAAUUCAUCGCCUUGUACAAGAUCUAAUAUUGGCGACCAUGGAUGUUGAGACGAAACAACUUAGAUUCGACCAGGUUGUACAACUUCUCUGGAAGAACUGGCCAUCUGCUUUGCCCAAGCCAUCAAAGGAGCCGGAGCUGUCUCAGCCCAUGUCAAGUGGCAACAGACUAUGUGUUAUAAGAUGGUCUGUCUGUGCAGGCCUUUAUCCUCACAUCCUAAGAAUACAUCAGCUCUGGCCGAACAUUUCACAUCCAUCUGAGGCCACCAGGAUACUCUUUGCAACGUUACUUAAUGAGGCUGCAUGGUAUCAAAAGGAGCGUGGACGAACAAGGCAAUUCGACGGCGUUUUUGAAACUGCCCGCAGCAUCUGCGAAUCCUUAACACAUGCAGAUCGAGAUUCCCUCCUUGCAGACAUCUACUUCCGCUUAGGAGCCAUCGCCAUGGGUGCGAGCGAGUUCCAUUCAAGCCGCAUCUACAAGGAGCAAUUUACCUCGCCUAUGCAGAGCGAGGGUAACACGCUUCUUUUGGAAAGUUUGGCGUCAAGAGAGGCGGCCUUGGAUAAGAAUGAUACAGAAUCCUUGCCGACUGGACAGAUUCUGAGUGUGCUUGGUAACCUCUACGCUGCGAAAGGUCAAUGGGGUGAGAGUUUUGAGUAUCAUCAGAGAGCAUGGCACCAGAUGCGUGGGACAUUGCGUGACAGGGAUUUCUAUAUUGCGAAUGGCAAUCAUAAGGCUGCCGAGCACUUGAUCCGCUUAGGACGCAAUGAAGAGGCGAUUGAAAUGAUCAACGAGGCGUUGGAUAUCUGGUCUGUUGACCCAAGUGCACACAAGAAUAAGAUUGCUCGCACUACUUUCCUCAAAGGCAAGUUGUUGGAAUCAAUGGGCAAGACACAAGAGUCUUCCAUUGCGAACAGGGUUGCCGGUAGCCUGAGGGAGAAGAUUACCAAGGACGAUCGAGAUGUGGAGAGCUUAACGAUGGAGGACUUUCAUGGGAUUGUCGCUUUCUGGGCUCGUUGA